AUGUGGCUUACCUCUCCUGGCAGAGUUCUGCUUAAGAAGAGCAAUCAACAGUCUAAAUUUGAUCCUCUUGUUGAGGAGGUGGAACUACCCCAAUGUACCUCCCAAUACGCUCAUAUACGAUUCAAUAAUGGCAGAGAAGAAACGGUAUCCGUUCGACUGCAUGCUCCAAGCGGUGAAAAGGAUGUUGAUGAUUGCCACCAGGAGACGGCCACGUUGGUACCAGAAGAUUUCUUCCCACUUUCCCCUGACCACCCACCCAUUACCGAGCAAGAAAGUGGCACCAUCUCAACUGACGAACAGAAUGAUGCAACACCUGUUAGUGUACCUACCGCUGACGAUUUCCGUAUGCAUAGCCUAGAAACAUUAAUCCCACAACAACAGUGUUCACCCAUACUGUCUUCGUACCAGAGACGCCUGAACUUUGUCCCAUGCUAACUUUUCCUAUCGAUUAUUGACAUCUCCAUUCCUCCAUUUGUUGGUCGGGGUGAAUGACAUGCUAACAUAACCCGCUGGCUAAAUUCCAUCUUCUCUACUUCUCGUUUUAGCCCCGAUGCGUCAAUUGUAAGAUGAAUAAAGCCCUGUUAUACGGUAUUUUCGUUCCGACUCUUGCAUCCACAUUUGUUCGUCCUUUCUCGUGUGCUUGCUACGGUCCUAGCUACAACACGAACUGCUCUUCUCAGCGCCGACGGCAGUAGCCUACUCGCUGAGAUGUGGAAACCAAUGCUGACCUCGACCUCCCACCCUCUCUCCAUGAAACCAUCAAGGUCAUGCAACAACGCUCCAGUGGGAAAGCCACCAGAUCAGACGCGAUCCCUGUUGAGAUUUACAAGCGUGGUUGACUCCAAUUUAGGAAUCACCUGACAGCGCUCUUUCAGACGUGACAUCAAAGACAAGUCCCUUCGGAGUUCAAGGACGUAAAAUCGUUGAACUCUACAAGCGGAAAGGGAAGCGCUAAAACUGCAACAACCACGGAGGCAUCUCCCGCUGAACAUCGCCAGAAAGAUCUUCGCUCACAUCCACCUCAACCGCCUCAACAGUCAUCUGGAACAGGGACUCCUGCCGGAAAGUCAGUGCAGACUCCAUUGUCAUCGAAGCGCCACCGACAGGCUGCCCGCCAGAUGCAGGAGAAGUGUCAGGAGAUUCGGACCCAUCUUUACCAUCGUGCAUUUGACGAAAGCCCUCGACAUAGUAGAUCGCGAAAAACUAUGGGAAAUCAUGCAGAAAUUCGGCUCUCCAGAACGAUUCACUGAUAGUGCGUCGGCUCCAUGAUGGCAUGACGGCGCGCGUCACGGACAAUAGAUCUGGUUCAGAGGCAUUCGCAGUGACCAACAGAGCGAAGCAGGACUGCACCCUGGCGUCUACCCUCCUCAGUCUCAUGUUCCCUACCUCAUGGACGCCUGCCAUGACGAAAGUCUCUGGAUCCGCUCCGCCUAUAGGAUGAACGGCCAACUUCUCAAGCAUUGGCGGAUGCACUUCCAGUCGCGUGUAUCCACAACCACCGCCCACGAACUUCUGUUCCCCGACGACUGCGCCCUCAACGCAACCACAAAAGGAGACAUGCAAAAAGCAUGGACCUUUUCGCCGCCGCCUGCAAUAACUUCGGCCUAA